AUGUUCCUGUUCCUCGGAAGAAGAUGAUGUGUGUGUGAUUGAAGGCACUUCGAAAAGAUGCAAAUCUUUUUCAAUGGUUUGGAAAUACUUUAAGCAAUCUGAUGACAAAAAAUUGGCAAAGUGUCUACAAUGCUCUAAAGAAUAUAAAACUAGCGGAAACACAUCCAAUUUACGCGAUCACUUAAAGCGGAUGCACCCAGCAUCGGAUAGAGACAACACACCCAGUACCAGCUCAUCGAAUCGCUCCAGUUAUAAUUCAAUCGAUUCAUAUUUUAAAAGAGCUGUGGAAUACGAUUCGUCAUCUAAACGUAAAAAGGACAUAGACUCUGCUUUGACGCAGUUAGUGACUGAAAGUUUUCACCCGUUCAAUAUUGUUAAUGACAAUGCAUUUCGUAAAUUCGUAAAGGUGUUGGAUACAAGGUACGUUCUUCCAAGCAAAAAUACAUUGAAAAAUAUCCAUAUCACAAAUUUGUAUGAAAGCCGGAAAGCGAUAUUGUUUGACAUUCUAAGCAACGUCGCAAAUGUUGCAAUAACAACAGAUUGCUGGUCAUCAAUGAAUAAUGAAGCCUACAUAACAGUCACUUGCCAAUUUAUUGAUGAAGAAUAUAAUUUUCGUCACGCAGUGUUGCCCACAAAAAAACUCAAUGAUAUAACAAAUCAUACAGCAAGAAACAUUGCAGAUUCUUUACAUGAUGUUGUAAUGGAAUGGUCGAUUUUUAAUAAAGAGUGCUGUGUUACCACAGAUAACGCAUCCUCCAUGACAAAGGCAUGCGAAUUGCUAAAAUUGCGGCAUUUGCCUUGCGUAGCCCACACCUUGAAUUUGGUGGUUCAGGACGGGUUGAAAGAGUUUGUGUUGCAAUCUCUGAUUUCGAAGUGCAAAACAAUUGUCACAUUUUUCAGAAGCAGCACGACAGCUAUGGAGAAGUUCAAAUUAGGGCAACGGUCAGAAAGGCCACUAAAACUAAAGCAAGAUGUCAUAACGAGAUGGAACAGUACGUAUAUUAUGAUUCAACGGAUUCUUCAGACAAGUACUGCAAUAUCAAGCGUUUUACUAUCUACUCCAAAAGCGCCCCCGACUCUUACAGCUGAUGAAAUACAAGCGUUAGAGGAAAUAGAAAAACUACUUCUUCCGUUUCUAACUAUAACAGAAAAAUGCAGCGGAAAUUAUGUAACAGUAUCUCUUAUUAUUCCGCUUGUGAACGGAUUAUAUCGCAAUAUGAUGGAGCAAGCGAAAAGUUUGAAAAGUCAACAUGGUAUCAAUCUUUGCUCUAAAUUAUUGGAGGGAAUUAAAAAACGACUCAUUAUAUAUGAAACUAGAACACCAACACGAAUGGCAACGAUUCUAGAUCCACGAUUUAAAAAAGAAGCUUUCAUAUCUGAAAAUAUUGCUAACGAAACAUCAAAUUUACUUGAAACUGAAAUUAUGCAUUUUAUGGGACAUUCACACACGCAACCACCUUCCCAACAAGAAGCACCGGAAGGUGAAGAUACACUUUUUUCAUUUCUACACGAAAGAAAUAGAAACAAAAGGUUGUCAAAACGGGCAGAUUCAAUUUUAAUAAAGCGCCAGUACUUGGAGAGGCAAAAUGCUGCGCAAAAUACAAACCCCCUGGAUUACUGGAAGCUGGCAGAAGAAGAUUUCUUGCCCUUAAAGGAGUGCGUGCUGAAAUAUUUAUGUAUUCCAGCGUCAUCAGUAGAAUCGGAACGAAUGUUCAGUAAAGCAGCUUUAAUAGUAAACGAAAAAAGGUCGCAACUAAAACCUAAAAAUGUUGACAUGCUAUGUUUCUUAAAUAAAAACAAUUGGCUUUAAAAACUAGAA